AUGGGCCCAAUGGAUACCAAGAAAUACAGUGAGAAAUGCUCGAUUCCAGAUCACGACGACUUGCUGCCCAACCGCAAGUACCACUGCAAGAUGUGCCCUGGACGACAAGUAUUUAAGGGGCUGCACCUGUAUAAUCGCCAUUUGAUGAAAAUUCACAAGAUAGAAUUUGAAGAAAAGGAUUGUUUUCACUGCCCGGUCAAGCAGUGUCCGAGCCAUGAACAUAUGCCCAAUAACGUCAUCAUGACAAAGCUCCACAUGGUGCGUCGCCACUACCAGAAUCAUCACUUGGUGAAGAAAUACAAAUGCCAACAAUGCAAACGAAGGUUCAUUCUGAAGGAGCAGUAUUUUAAACACAAAUGUCGGCGUGGUCUGGAGGAAGAAACCGACUCGGAAACCGAAAACGAUGAGAACCAAUGUGUGGAUGUGGAGAAUAUAGAUGAUACGAUGAGUACAGCCGAGCAGGAAAGCAUGGAUAGCCAAAACGAUGGAGGUAAUAGUCUGGAGAUUAAUGACGCCAUGGAGAACUACAUGUUGUGCUGGGCUGACGAAAAACGAUGCACAAAAUGCCGUAGGAAGUACAAGCGCAAACAUAGCUGCCAGGAGCAUAUCUGUAAUUUGUGCAGCCGUAUAUUCUAUCGCAAGUCAGACCUGGCCGCGCAUAUGGGUACUUUAGCCCAUUUUACAAAAGAGAAGAAAAAGGUUCUUAUGGAAGAUAUGGUUCUUAUUGAAGAUAUGCAGAAAUUGAUUCGCAGAAUAGAAUCCAAAGAUUUCCAGGACGAAUCGUUGAUAAAUACGUUGGGUGCCCUUGUCCCGACGUUCCAGAAAAUACAGGAUUCUAUUCCAAAGACAUCAGCGCAAACGAUCUUCAAAUAA